AUGAUGCUCAGGAGAAAUGUCUCCAAAGUCCUCUGCCUUGGGCUGACUCUCGUCAUUGCCGUCAAUCUAUUCCUGGUAUUUUAUACCAAGGGGACUUUACAAAAGUUGAUUCUGGGUAGUAUCCAAAAGGAACUUCACUUGCCUCUGUCUGAAUGGAACGGGGCAGUGAUCAAGAGACUCUCUCACCUGGAGGUGGAUUUGCAGCAUCUGAAAGAAAGUCUGAAAGAAGAAAGGAUGAAAGAUAGAGAACAUCCUGUUCAAAAGGCAGUGGAAUCCAAGGCGAAUGAGACAAAGAAGGACAAACCCCAAAAAGCGCUCUUCCCAGACUCACAGCUUUUCAAGAGGUGGGGCGAGGGUCUUUCAGAGGCCCAGCAGAAAGAGGCCCAGGACCUCUUCCAGAAGUUUGGUUACAAUGUUUACCUCAGUAACCAGUUGCCCCUCGAUCGCGCCAUCCCAGACACGCGAGAUUCCAGGUGUCUUCUGAAGACAUAUUCUUCACAACUGCCAUCCCUCAGUGUCAUUCUCAUAUUCAUGAACGAAGCUCUGUCCAUUAUACUACGGGCCAUCACUAGUAUUAUCAACCGAACCCCCUCUCGAUUGCUGAAGGAGAUCAUCUUGGUGGAUGAUUUUAGCUCAAAUGAAGAACUAAAGGCAUACUUGGAAGAGAAGAUUAAGCUUUACAACCAGAAGUAUCCAGGACUACUGAAAAUAAUACGGCACACCGAGAGAAAAGGUCUGGCUCAAGCACGCAAUGCUGGCAGGGAAGCGGCCACGGCUGAUGUGGUCGCCAUCUUGGAUGCUCAUAUUGAAGUGAACGUUGGGUGGGCAGAACCUAUUUUGGCUCGGAUUCAGGAAGACCGCACUGUGAUUGUGUCUCCUGUGUUUGACAACAUUCGUUUUGACACUUUUGAACUGACUAAGUAUGAACUGGCAGUUGAUGGGUUUAACUGGGAACUAUGGUGCCGCUAUGAUCCACUGCCAAAGGCCUGGAUUGAUCUGCAUGACGUCACCGCUCCAGUGAAGAGUCCUUCCAUCAUGGGCAUCCUGGCUGCCAACAGGCUCUUCUUGGGAGAGAUCGGGUCUCUGGAUGGUGGGAUGCUGGUCUACGGAGGAGAGAAUGUGGAACUUAGCUUGCGGGUGUGGCAGUGUGGAGGGAGAAUCGAGGUCUUGCCUUGCUGCCGGGUUGCUCACCUAGAAAGACACCACAAGCCCUAUGCCUUGGAUCUGAGUCUUGUCUUGAAGCGCAAUGCUCUGCGAGUGGCUGAAAUCUGGAUGGAUGAGUACAAAGAUAUGGUCUACUUCGCCUGGAACAUACCUCUCCAGAACUCUGGAAUUGAUUAUGGAGACAUUUCUUCCAGAAUGGCGCUCCGGGGGAAACUGAAAUGUCAAAGUUUUGACUGGUAUCUGAAAAAUGUUUAUCCAAUCCUGAAGCCAAUCCACAACAUUGUGGGCUACGGAAGACUGAAAAACUCAUUGGAUGAAAAUGUCUGCCUGGAUCAGGGACCUAUUUCAGACAACACCCCCAUCAUGUAUCACUGUCAUGAAUACAAUACACAGAAUGUCUACUACCACCUAACAGGGGAAUUCUAUGUGGGACCACUGAUUGCAGAAGCAUAUACUGAUGAUCGCUGCCUCACAGACCCUGGUUAUGGGGAGAAGGCCAUGUUAAAGCCAUGUUCCAAGGCAGCCAAAAAUAACCUGCACAUAUAUUGGGAUUUUAAGCCAGGAAGAGCUGUCAUAAACAGAGCCACUAAACGAUGUCUGGAGAUGAAGAAGGACACUUCAGGUGUCUAUAGGCUUGUACUACAGACCUGCACCUCACAAGUGUGGACAAUACAGUAUACCGUCCGAAACUGGGGGUCAAACUAACAUCCAGUGAUCCCCAGAGAGCCUGG